CUCACAUUUUGGUUGUUUUGGAAACCGCCUGAGACUCUUAAUAUAUUUAUUCAGCUUCAUAUAUUUAUUCAGUGUGUGCAUUAUGAGUGACACUGAAAUCAAUUAUGAAAAAAUCAACAAGUGAGCUUGCUAAUCUAAUAAGCCGAUCAUUAAUUUCUGCCUCAAACAAAUCAUAUCCAACUCGUGCAUGGACUCCCCAACUCGAACAAACUCUCCACCAACUCGGUUGCCGUGACUCACUCACCUCAUCACUCGUCGCCCGAGUCAUUGACCCGUUGCUCCUCCCCCACCAUUCUCUUGCUUAUGGCUUCUUCAACUGGGCUUCUCAACAACCCGGCUUUUCUCAUUCCUCUAUGUCCUAUCAAUCUAUUUUCAAAUCACUAUAUAUUUCCCGUCAAUUUAAUGAUGUGGAUAAAGUUUUCAGUCAGGUGAAAUCGAGAAAUGUCGAGCUCGAACCGGGUGUUUAUGUCUCGAUUAUGCACUCGUAUAUCGUAUCGAAGAAGACCCAGAAGGCGUUUUUUAUUUUCAAGGAGUUGGGGUGUCAAUUUGGGGCGGAGAUAUGUAAUCUGCUGCUGGCUGCAUUGUCGUCUGAGGGGAAUUUGAGGGAUGCGCGGAAGGUGUUUGAUGAAAUGCUUGUGAGAAGUGUGGAGUUUAGUACCCUUGGGGUUGGCUUGUUUUUGUGGAGGUUUUGUAGGAAUGGGGAGUUGAGGGAGAUGUUGAGGUUGUUGGAUGAGGUUAGGAAGAUUGGUUCGGGUUUUAAUGGGUCAGUUUUGGCGGUUUUAGUUGUUCAUGGUUUGUGUUCGGAGUGUAGGGUGAAAGAGGCGGUUUGUGUGCUUGAUGAGUUGAGGGCAAGAAAUUGUAAGCCCGAUUUUAUGGCGUAUAGAGUUGUUGCUGAAACGCUAAAAAAGGUGACGGGAGAUGUGGUUGAUGUGGAGAAGGUGUUGAAGAGGAAGAGAAAAUUCGGGGUGGCACCGAGGGCUAAUGAUUAUAAAGAGUUUAUAUAUGCUUUGAUUUCAGAGAGAAUGAUAUGUGAAGCAAAGGAUUUGGGUGAAAUUAUUGUUGGUGGUAAUUUCUCUGUCGAGGAAGAGGUUCUUAAUGCUUUGAUCGGAUCAGUGUCAAGUAUUGAUCCUAGUUCUGCAAUAUACUUUUUAAAUUUUAUGCUUGAGAAGCAAAGAUUACCAGCUAUUUCUGCAAUGAGCAACUUGAGCAGGAGCUUGUGCAAACAUGGGAAAAUUGAGGAGUUGCUGGAAGCUUUUGAGAUUUUGUCCGCCAGAGAGUACUUCGUUGAUUCUGAAACCUACAACUUGAAAGUAUCAUUCCUGUGCCACGCUGGAAGAGUUAAAGAAGCUUAUCAGGCUCUCCAAGAGAUGAAAAAGAAAGGUCUGCCUCCUGAUAUAUCACUAUAUAAUUCACUGAUGGAAGCAUGUUGCCGAGAAGAUCUUAUUCGUCCUGCAAAACGACUGUGGGAUGAGAUGUUUGCUAAUGGCUGUGAAGGAAACUUAAGAACAUACAACACUCUCAUCGGAAAGUUUUCAAAGAUAGGCCAGGCAGAAGAAGCUCACCGGAUUUUUUACAAAAUGCUGGAUAAAGGGGUAAAGCCUGAUAAUACCACAUACAUAUCACUCCUUGAAGGACUCUGUGCAGAGAAAGAGAUAAAGAAGGCUCUUGAAGUCUUUAUAGAGUCCAUUAAUCGUGAUGAGACACUUGCAUGGAACGUAUUGAAUUCAUUCGUAUUAUUCCUAUGUAAAGAAGGUUAUUUUUCGGAUGCUUGUGAAUUGCUUCGUGGUCGUUACAAUGAUGUAAAACAUGCCAACACCCAUGCAAUGAUGCUGAAGUGCAUGGCUGAUGCUGGGGAGCUUGCACCGGCCAUUGAACACAUGCAGUGGUUUUCUGAUAACUCGCCUUCAGUCCUCCAUGCAAUAGCAGCCGAACUUUUGGCUUCACUUUCAGCUUCAGCAAAACCAGACCUCAUCGAACAGAUUCUUCGGUCGGUGCAGAGAUAAAAGUCGUGAGAUGGUGCGUUUCAGCGUAUGAUACGUGCGAAGCAGAAUUUUAUAUGGCUCCUAGAGGCAAUUGUUAUGAUGCAUGCCUUUUCCUUAAAAAGUGAAACAGGAAUUUGAUGCAGUUUAUUUCUGUUUCAUAUUCUC